UCAUCAUCAUCGCCCUGCAUCACUCCUGUGCCUUGCAACGUCUCAUUAGUUGCUAGCCAUUCGUCUCCUUUAGCCCCAGACAUUGAGUUGAUGGGCUCUUCUGAUGAGCACAUUGUCUCUGAUCCGAUUCAGCCUGGUGGUCUUGGAUUAACUUUCGACUCGGACGAAAUCAGCAGUGCACUAAAUUCGCUCGAUUUUAAGUUGGCCGAGGUGGCGGCUGCUACUGCGGCCGCAGCUGCCUCUACCGCGGAGGUCGAAUCUGGAGAUGCAGAUCUGGUUCAAUCAGGAUAUUUGACCUUUGAAGAGACCGAUGAUGCUGGGUUCGUUGCAGACGACGAGGAGGAAGAUAACGAAGGUGGCAGAGAUUUCGGGGAAAAACUUGUUGGACGAUCAACAGCUCGUACUUCUCGUAAGGCGAAUUCAGCUUCUGCUCUGAGUAGCAUUGAUUUCAGCGAAAAGGAUGAGGAGUGUGAGGCUGAAUGGAGUGCUGUUUCUCAAUCUGGACAGGUCGAAUCUCUUGCUGUCCGUCUCCACAGUCAAAUCCUUAAGGAAGCAGAGAGACAGUCGCAAUUAAACCCCCAGACCCAUGCUGACCUCAACACCUGCCUUCCCAAUCAUGCUUGGGAAUUUGAUGUACAAGGCGAAAGCCAAGACCGAUCUGGGGACAAUUCAGCUAGUAGAUAG